AUGUCUGCGGCCAAUGUCAUGUCUGAGGACAAUAUCAAUCCCCUCGUUGACUUCAUUGCCUACGCGUUCUAUUAUCUCCCUCGCUUGGGACCUGAACUCUCCUUAUAUGGUCAUUUACUGGUCUCUGCUCUUUUCCCCAUCUGGAUCGCCGCGCAUGCUGCUCUUUCAAGGCCAUCAUCUGCCGCCAAGCCUCCUAAGAAGUCCGAUAAAGACUGUGAUGAGGAUGGUGAAGACGAAGAGGACGAAGAUGAAGAGGGGCCUGUAGAGAAGUUGGAAGGAUUGCAGCCAUCAGAUGCUUUGAUGUUCCCACUAAUGGCAGGUUUCACACUGUGCUCCCUGUACGCGGCCCUCAAAUGGCUCAAAGAUCCCUCCAUUGUCAACAAGAUCCUUGGCUUUUACUUCUCGCAAAUGGGCAUGUUCUUCGCUGUGGCUUUUCUGAAGGAUAUCCUCCUAUUUGGACGGUCUUUUAUCUUCCCCAAAUACUAUCGCCAUCAAGGGAGAAUAUUCCAUGCGAAGCAGUCCGAGCGAGUGUUUAAAACCAAAACGACAGACGAAGUCAACAGCCCUGGGCAUGUACGAAACUCACCUCUCCCCGGCGUAUUUGGCAGAGUCCCACUUCCAGGCUUUGUUUUGAACCAACUCUGGGCCUGUCGCAAUGCCUCCUAUCAGCAGCUAAGGCUGCGGUUUCACAUUCGUGGCUUGUUCAAUAUCAAACCCCUUGUGGGCCUUCUUGACCUUCUGAGUGUAACCGUUGCUCUUGUUGCCGUGGCCUACUUCCAGUUUGUGGAGAAGCCAUGGUGGCUGACCAAUUUCCUUGGCUUCAGUUUCUCCUACGGGACCAUGCAGCUGAUGUCCCCAACAACUUUCGGGACUGGAUCACUUAUCUUAACAUCUUUGUUCUUCUAUGAUAUCUACUUUGUGUUCUUCACCCCCGUGAUGGUCCACGUCGCCAAGAACCUGGAUGUUCCCAUCAAACUCAUGUUUCCUCGAACCGAUGAAACUGGUGAACCGGCCCAUGCUAUGCUAGGCUUGGGAGAUAUUGUUAUCCCGGGUAUGAUGGUUUGUCUCGCACUUCGGUUUGACCUUUUCCUUUACUAUCGGCUUAAGGGGGCUCAAAAGGCAAAGAUUGAAGGCUUGGAUGGCGAAAUCGCCAAACCCGAGUACCAGCGAGCAACCGGUCUGUGGGGUGAGCGAUUCUGGGCACCGUCAGUAAGAACGAAAGAAGCAGAAGUUGAGCCGCCAUAUCACGAUGCUAGAGCCUUUCCGAAGGUCUACUUCACUGCCAGCCUUGUUGGUUAUGUCGCCGGCAUGAUUGCAACCCUUGUCGUCAUGCAAAAAUUCAAUCACGCCCAGCCUGCUCUGCUGUAUUUGGUUCCUGGUAUAUUGAUCUCACUUUGGGGCACGGCGCUUGCCCGCGGUGAAGUCCGUUUGAUGCUGGACUUCAGCGACGCUGAGGAGGAUGAAGAGGAAGAAGGUAAUGAGAAGAAAGAUUCGAACAAGAAAUUGGCAGAUGCGGAAGCUGAGCCCGCCAAGGAUGGAGUGAAGGGCCUUUUCAUGCGUAUCUUGUCUGGCGAUACGACAGUCUUCAGCUCGAAAUCCGAGCAGAAAAAGGAGGAUGUGAAUGAAAAGACCGAGUCGAAAGAAUCCAAGGCAAGCAAGACCAAGGAGUCUGCAGCUGAGAAAUCCAGAGCGAAAAAUGCCGAGGACGACUUGGAUUUGAUUACAUUCUCGAUUUCCCUCCCCGGGAAGAAACACGCCAAACGUGGCAUUGAUUAUGAUGAGAUCCCUACCAAAGAUGAAGGGCUGGUUAUGAUUCCCGGUCCCGUCGAUGACGAUGAUGAGCGCCCAUUAAAGAAACGGCGCGGAACUCCCAGAAGGCCGACUUUGGAGUGA